GUUCAGCCUCAGAAAGUCAACAGUACCGGAUUAAAAGACAUUAUUAAAACGACUUUUAUAGAAAGACACGUUCAUAUACUUUCCAGUUUGUUCCUGGAGUCUGAUGGGAACAUCUCAGAGGUCAGAGUCCGGUCAGUAGCGUCAUGGCCCUCGCUGAAGAGCAGCCCGAGAAACACUGCUGGGUGUGCUUUGCCACAGAGAGAGACGACCACAGCGCUGAGUGGGUGAGUCCCUGCAGGUGUAAAGGCUGCACUAAGUGGAUCCACCAGGCGUGUCUGCAGCGCUGGCUGGAUGAGAAGCAGAAAGGAAACAGCGGUGGAGCCGUGAACUGUCCUCAGUGCGGCACCGAGUAUCACAUCACCUUCCCCAAGAUGGGCCCGGUGGUGUACUUCCUGCAGCAGCUGGACCGGGCCCUGUCCCGGGUCAGCCCGUUCGCGGCGGUGGGCGUGGUGGUGGGGACGGCGUACUGGUCGGCGGUGACGUACGGGGCGGUGACCGUCAUGCAGGUGGUGGGGCAUAAGAAGGGCCUGUACGUGAUGGAGCGGGCCGACCCGCUGUUCCUGCUCAUGGGGCUGCCCACCAUCCCCGUGGUGCUGGUCCUGGGGAAGAUGAUCCGCUGGGAGGAUUAUCUGGUGCGACUGUGGCAGAGAUGCUCCCACAAGCUCCACCCAGGACCGGGUCGCUACGUCCCUCGUGUCCCCGUGGACGGGUCCAACACUGGAGACCAUGUCUCCGUGUCCAGGACUCUGUGUGGGGCUCUGAUCUUCCCCUCGGUCGCCAGCCUGGUGGGACGCAUGCUGUUCAGCCGGGUUCCCUCCAACCUGCAGAGAACCGUCCUGGUGAGAACCCGACCAACGGAGAACCUCAUUCACUCAUUCAUUCAUUCACUCACUCAUUCACUCACUCAUUCACUCAUUCACUCAUUCACUCACUCAUGUGAGGCGAAUUGUGAGGUGUAUUUCAAACAGCAGCAGUACAUCAUCCAGGCCAACAGGCAGAUCCUGAACUACCCCGAGAGAGAGGGGGAGGGGGAGGGACGAGAGGACGACGCCGAGGACAGCGGCAACGAGUGACCCCCCCCCACCCCCCCUCCAGCCAGGGUUCGUCUAUCAGCGCCUGGGACUGGGACGUCUUCUCUGCCUUAAAUCACCAGAUACUUGAAGAUAUUUAUUCAGCUGGAUCCUGUCGCCUUAUCUCCUCGUUAUCCACUUCAAAAUAAGAGUUUAAUUAUCUCCUCGUUAUCCACUUCAAAAUAAGAGUUUAAUUAUCUCCUCGUUAUCCACUUCAAAAUAAGAGUUUAAUUAUCUCCUCGUUAUCCACUUCAAAAUAAGAGUUUAAUUAUCUCCUCAGACACAAGCAGCCACCAUUAAUUAUUCAUUUACAUCAUUUUACAGCGUCAAAGGCCAAAUAAAUAAUGUCUGGUGGCAGCUUUUCUGUUUGUGUGACGGUAAAAGCCGUUUCUUUUUAUUAAUCAGGUGUUAGAGGAGUGGAUGGAGGACGUGUGUCACUCUCUCCAUCACAUUUACUGUGCAAUAAAUCCAGUUAUUGAGACAAUGGUAAGAAUAUGGAGCAAAAACUGUAUUAAUAGGGGGUUCACUUGCACUUAAACAUAUCUGAUCGUGAUCUCAGUCUCUAACGAUCUCAUGUACGACUCCUGGAAAAUGAUUAAAACUCAAUAUGUCAGAAAACUGUUUUAAAUGCAUUUCCUGUUUGCUAACAUUGAGUGGGCGGAGCUUAUGAUAUUGCUCACCAGAUAAACUGACCACCAGGGGGCGAUUAACAUUUUGGAUUUUCUUCCUUCCUUCCUCCCUUCCAUUUGUCCCUGGUUCUGGUCCUGGUUCUGGUCCAGUUGUAGGUAGAGAUCCAUCAGAGAAGCAGCUGAUAUUUUCCUUUGAUUGUUUCCCAGAAAUCUUUUAAUUGGCCUCUGAAUGUUUGUUCCUGUUUAUAUCAGCACAGAGACUCAGGUGAAUCCUUUCUCUCUUUUCUUUCUGACUGAACUUUGGGUUUUUCUGGUAAGAGAACGAACUGACCAGUGGUUUCAUUGCACAGCGUGAACCAGCGCCAGGUGAAAAAUGCCAGUUUGCACUUCCUCUUGUGGUGGUUUCACAUCAACAGAGGGAUUUAUUUAAAUUCUUUCUGGAAUAUUUCUAUGCAGUGCUCCAGAGUGCUGAACGUGAACAAGUUACAGUGAAAGGAAACGCUGCUCUGUAAAUCAGGUUUUACUUCUGUUAAACCAACAUGAUCUGUUAGUGCUUUGAUUCAUAUCUGAGUGAAGGAUUUAUUUAAUAAACCUCUUUGUAAAUCGGA